CCCAACGUCGGUGGGCAAUCUUUUAAGAAUUGCCCUCUUCACGUUGACUAUAUUGGCUGGCUUGUUAUGAAGAAUUGAAAGGAUAUUUAUCAGCGUUUCACAAUUCAUUACAACCACAUCUACAAACUCAUAUUUUUCUUCGGCUCUCUUUUCUGUACGAACAGUUACUUGAUUCUCUGAUUAUGGCUGAAGCACUUGUUUCCGGUGUCUUAGAGCAGUUGACUGCAGUUGCUGGUAAAGGCAUACAACAGAAGGUGAGGCUAGUUGUUGGUGUUGACGAAGAAGUUAAAAAGCUGAGUAGCAAUCUUGAAGCUAUUCAAGCUGUGCUCGUUGAUGCAGAGGCAAGGCAAGUGACAGAGACAGCUGUAAGACGUUGGUUAGAUCAGCUCAAACAGGCUUCCUACGACAUUGAAGAUGUGUUGGAUGAGUGGAACUACGCCAUUCUAAAACAAAAACUAGAGGGAGUUGAAGAUGCUACCGGUCCUAAGAAGAAGGUGUGUUUCUUCUUUCCCUCGUAUUGCUUUUCAUUCAAACAAGUUAGUUUACGUAAUGACAUUGCGAUCAAGAUAAAAGAAGUUAAUGAAAAUCUAGAUGUCAUUACGAAACAAAAAGAGAGAUAUAGUUUUAAUACUAUCACAAGGGUCGAAAGGCUAGAACAUGUACAAACGACUUCAUUCAUUGAUGUGUCUGAAGAGAUGUGUGGUCAAGAUGCCUGUAAAAGCAUUUUAAUAGAUAAAUUAUGUGCGAGCACUGAACAACGCCUCCCUAUCAUCUCUCUUAUAGGAAUGGGAGGUAUCGGAAAAACCACUCUUGCUCAAUUUGCUUAUAAUCAUGAUAAGGUAAUGAAAAGUUUUGACGAAAGAAUAUGGGUAUGUGUAUUAGAACCUUUUGAUGAGCACAGGAUUGCUAAAGCAAUUAUCGAGUCUUUAGAAGGUUCUACUAUAAAUUUAAUUGAAUUGCAAUCUCUUCAUAAACGUAUUAGUACAUCAAUUCAAAGGAAGAAAUUUUUUUUGGUGUUUGAUGAUAUGUGGAAUGAGGAUUUCAAAAAAUGGGAACCAUUAUAUCGUUGUUUGAAGAAUGGUGUCCAUGGAAGUAAAAUUUUGAUUACAACACGCAAGGAGUCAGUUGCAAAAAUCAUGGGUUCGAUGGAUAUUAUCAAUGUUCAAGGGCUAAAUGAUGAAGAAUGUUGGUUGAUGUUUAAGCGAUUAGCAUUUUUUGAUAGGCCUUUUGAGGAAUGUGAAAGAUUAGAAGAGAUUGGGAAAAAGAUUUCAAGCAAAUGUCAGGGUUUACCUUUGGCUGCAAAGACAUUAGGAAGUUUUUUGCGCUUUAAAAAAAGUUGGGAAGAGUGGAAAUGUGUCUUAGAUAGUGAAUUAUGGAAACUUAAAGAAAUUGAGGAAGAAGUUUUUCGACCAUUAUUAUUGAGUUAUAAUGAUUUGCCUUGUCUAAUAAAAAGUUGUUUCAUAUAUUGUGCUAUCUUUCCUAAGGAUUAUGGAUUAAAAAAAGAUGAAUUGAUUAAACUAUGGAUGGCUCAAGGAUAUGUUAAAGAAGAAGAAAAUAAGGCAAUGGAGAUAGUUGGUGAAGAGUAUUUUAACUAUUUAGCUUCACGAUCAUUAUUCCAAGAGUUUGAAAAAGAUGAUGAAAAUAAUGUGAUUAGAUGUAAGAUGCAUGAUUUAAUACAUGACUUUGCUCAGUUCUUAUGUAAAAAUGAAUGUCUCCACAUAGAAGUUGGUGGCAUUAAAGAGCCAAUCAUAAACUCUUGUAAUCAUGAGAAAGUUUGUCAUGUGAUAACAACAAUUUAUAGAGAGAAUCUAUUUCCUGAUUCCAUUUUUAGUUUGAGAAGGAUGCGCAGUUUAUUAUGUUGUUCUAGCUAUCCUGGAGGUAUUUUGCCUCCUAAUAUGUUAUCAAAAUUAUUUGGUAAAUUGACAUGUUUAAGGGCAUUAACUAUUAGUAGAGGUUUACGGGAGAUAGAAAGGAUUGAAGAGAUUCCUAAAGAGGUAGGAAAAUUAAUACAUUUGAGAUAUCUCAAUUUGAGGGGCUCAGGAAUGAGAAAACUUCCUGAAACAUUAUGUGAAUUAUAUAAUUUGCAAACUUUAAAUAUUAGUCUGUGUGGUGAACUGGAAGAAUUACCUCAAGGGAUGGAAAAAUUAAUAAAACUAAGGCAUCUACAAAAUUUUGGGACUUGGUCAUUAAGAUACAUCCCAGAAGGAACUCAAAGAUUGAGUAAUCUCCGAACCUUAGGGUAUUUUGUGAUAAGUGGUAGUAAUGAUGAGAAAGCAUGUAGUCUUGAAGGUUUGAAAUACCUUAACCUCUAUGGAGAGUUGUACAUAGGAAUGUUGGGAAAUGUAUUAAAUGUGGAAGAGGUUAAAAGAUUAGAAAUAAAGAGUCAAAAAAGCCUCCUUGGUUUGACGCUAGAUUUAAGAGAAGAUGAUAAUGGAAGAGAGAGGAGAAAUGAGGAGGAUGAAACGCUUCUUGAAGUCCUACAACCAUCUUUAAAUUUGGAGAAAUUAAAAAUACUGAGUUACAGAGGCAACAUUAUUAUGCCCAACUGGAUGAUGUCCUUAACCAAGCUUAGGCACUUAAGACUUGAUGGUUGCAGUAACUGUAAGCAUUUGCCUCCCUUGGGAGAAUUGCCAUCCCUUGAAUAUUUAGAUAUUAGUCUUUUGAACAGUUUGAAAAGUGUGAGUAAUGAGUUUUUGAGAAAAGAAAAUGACGGCACAUCUUCAUCAUCUGUUUUCUUUCCUAAAUUGAAAACAAUUACGUUUUGGUUUAUCUAUGAGUGGGAAGAGUGGGAUUACGAGAUUACUAGAAUUGGAGAAGAAGAAGUUACUACAAUCAUGCCAUCUCUGGUGUCCUUGAAAAUUUACGACUGCCCCAAAUUGAAGGCACUACCAAAACACCUUGUUCAGAAUACAAGAUUGAAAAAAGAUAUUUCUUAUUGUCCUCUGCUAGACUAAUGAGAGGGCAAAACAAUGAAGUGCAAGAUAUAUCAUUCAAUAGCAGAAAUUUCGGCAGAUGAAGAUGAAACAACAAGUGCUAAAUCUUUUGGUUUCCACAUUUAAAUUUCUAUCAUACUGGGAAAAUUUGACGGACCUGGAAAUAUCCUCUAUGAGUGAUUCCACACUUUAAGAGCCAGGGCCUCAGAUUGUGGAAGAGAGAAGGUACAAAUGAGGAGAUUAAGUACUCAAAAGUACUCAAAUGUCUUUUGUGAUAAGAGAAGAAGAUUGUGAUGUCAUUGCUCUAGUUGAAGACAAUCACAUGACGGUCAGGUCUUGUUUGGUCAUCGAAAUGCUGUCCUCCAUCUGCUCCUCAAAAAUAUUAAAUACUAAAUAUUUUCCGAAAACUUCAAUUUCUGUCGUCUGGAGAGUUUGCUUUGAAGAUUUAGAUCAUUUUUCAGAUAAUUCUGGCAUCAAAUUCCCUCUCCAGAACCUUGAGUCAUAGUGGAAUAAUUGACCUCGAUUUAAUCAAAUAUAUAUAUUGUCUUGGUGCAGCAUUUUCAUGUUAUUGGAGACAGGAAGAAUAGUGUUCGGCAAAUGGUCACAAGAACUCAAUUUGUGGUGGCUAUCACAGGGAAUGGUGCAACUUCUGUUUUUGCAACCAUGUUUUUUGCUUCUGUGGUUCCAGGUUAUGAAAGAAGGAACAAAUGAGGCAAUUAUGUACUCAAAAGAACUCAGAUGUGCACUGUUUUGUGCUAUGGAAGAGAGACGCGAUACAUGUAGAAGAGUACUCAAGAGGCAAUCAUCUAAGGCUUCUUUUCUUAAAUACUUAGGCAAGUUACCUAUGUUAAAGACAUUUUUUCUCUUUGAAAUUACUGAAACCAUGCCUCAAUUUCCCUCAGCCGAACUUUGUAUCAUGCGGAAUGACUUGACAGGCCCAGGAAAAUAGUCUCACUGUGUCAUUUUGCAUCAAGGAAGAUAGGAAAAAUGGCAUGAGUAGAGUAGUUAAUCGCAUGUUUUCUUACUAUUUAAUUUAAUUUUUUGUACGUGAUACUAUUAUUUCCCUAAUAUGCAGAACAAAUAUUCUAGUCAAGCUCUUAGUUUGGAAAAUUUAUAGUCAAGCUCUUAGUUUGGAAAAUUUAUACAUUCUGUAACUAAUCGGGAGAAUAAGUACUCUAAGAAAAAGCACAGAAGGAGAGGUUAAAUUUGAAAGACACGGGAAUACGUUUAAUGAGAUAUUUUCUAUGCCAUUUUUUUUCCUUCUAAGGCAUGCAAAUUUGUAUUGAAUCACAGCUUCAAAUUUUGGCCUUAGAACAAAUGUGAAAGAGGGGCAUAAAUGUAGGAGAUUAUAUCCUCAAAAUGAUUGAAAUGCUCAUGCAUGUGGGAGCUUCUCCAGUUACAAUGGAUUCUCUCUGUGAAAUCCUUUGAUGACUUAUUAUGAUAGGCAGGUAGAAGAUGCCAUGAAUUUGCUGAAGAAUCAAAGUUGAAAUAUGAUGCAAUUUUUAAGAAAUUUUGCAGAUUGAGAACUAGUUUAUCUUAUUAAUGGAAGAAGAAACUUCGUCGGCACACUUGUCAGUAAAAAGAUAAUCUUCCAGAUGAAACAAAAGAUCAAUCCCGUUCUUAACACUUUCCUGGGAAUUUUCCAAACUAAACUUGGGAAACUUUGAAGGGAGGAAGAAUGGGUUUUGGAAGUAGUUGAAAGAGCUCAUUUAAUGGCCAUGCCAAUGGAGGACCGAAUUACAUCAUGCACUGAAGAAAACUUGAUUCAGGCGCUUGUAAGCAAAAUUAAAAUGUACAAGAUGAAACAAUUGGUCAAAUCCUGGUCUUUACAUCAGCUUGGUUUGCAAAUAACGCCUAUCCAAAAUAUUAGGAGUCUGAUCCUAACGGAAGAUUCGCAAAAGGAGUUGGAGCACAAAGAAAUUUAUUAUCAGACGCGGCAGACAAAUUGCAAAAUAAAAUUGAUAAGGUUGAAAAUUUAUUAUCACAAGCUGAAUUUUCACCGACCUGCCUAUGCGGCAUCCCCGUUGGGUUGUCUCGGGAAUCAGCCUUGCAUGCGCCCACAUAUUGGCUUAGGGUUUCACUGGUUUCAUCCUACCUUAGAUUCAUCAGGAGAGCGGGUCCAGCUCCUGACCAGUUUGUGCAGGGUUGGCCUAGUUUCCCCUUCAAUGCACUACCACAACAAUAUUGUGCGCACCCCAUGGUUGGAGCACUCCCAACUAUAGAUAUUGCAUCCGCAAACCCAAUGACCAUGUACACUCACUCUUAAACAUCUCAUCACUUAUAGCUGUCCAAAGCCCUGUCACGACUCCCAACCUGAGCCCCGGACAAACUCUCCCACUGAAAAUGGAGCAAGCCCUCGUGCUCCACUCAGCUCGCAAAAUACCCCUAGUCCUCCAUUGGCUGCAUUGAAUGACCACGCGAUGAGUGUCUCCCAUAUUGGCUAAAGGGACACCCAACCUCCUGUCAAGCGCGACAUACCUCGUCAUGUCAAUUUCCACAUGACACCUCGGAACACCCCCAUCCUCCACCUGGUGCACCCCCUUGAUAUGACAUGAUGUAUUCUUGCAUUUGUUUCUUAACUCUUGGAUUUUCACAUGCCCCAAGCAAAACGGUCAGUCUCUUGCCGCCUGCAAUUGCUUGGAGGGGUCUCUUUUUACUACCACAACAUUGGCUAUGGUUUGGCUCUGAUACCAAAUGUCACAAGUUGAAUUUUCACUGACCUGCCUGUGCGGUAUACCCGAUGGGCCGUCUUGGGGAUUAGUCUUGCAUGUGCCUCUCAAAUGCUGGAUGUGGGAAGAUAUUUUUCGUAUUGUUUUAUUAAGAUGGAAGAAUGAUUUUGUAAUGCCUUGUGAACUGAGUUGUAUUGAGAUUAUCUUCAAACAAUAUAUCAGUAGUGCAUCUUUUGUUUA